AUGCUCAACCUGAUAUCUCGGGUCCGCACCUUUCUUGGCGACCAGCCCGCCCCCCCACACCCCUGGCCCAAAGUCGCCAUCCUCAGCCUCCCCGACGCCGGCAAACGAGCUCUCCUCCAGCACCUGAGCGACACCCCCGUCAGCCCGAUCACCGCUGACGGAUGUCACGCGGGCUGGACGAGCAGCAGCCACGCCCUGGAACUCAGCUUCAUCGCCGCGGACGUGGGGCUAGAUGCCCGGUUACGCUGGCGAGCCGCCGUCGCCGCGCGGUACACGGACGCGAACGCCGUGAUCAUCGUGGUCAAUCCCGCCCACGCGAUUGCGCUGGAGGAGCUGCGAUAUCAGCUUGGCUGUCUUGUCAACGGGAUGGAAGAGUCCGGCGAGGUGCAGACGUAUUGUAUCGUGCGGAAGGGGAUUCCGUGGCUGGUGCUGGUGAACGUUGAGGGGAGUGCCGUGAUGUUUCGGUCCAUCUCGACGCUGACUGGAGAGGGUGUGGAGGGGUCAAUGCUCUGGUUAAAGGAGAAGAUCCGCGUCAACGCUGAGCGCAGACUACAAGCGGAGAAUUAGGGCUCUGUGGUCAGGUGAUGAUGCUGGGCGUUGGCUCUGGUUUGGUUUGCGGUUCGUGUUCUGUUCUUAUGCCAGGUCGGUGGAUUAUCUGCAACUCGAUGGAACUAUAUACCUUUCAUGACUGCUAUUGGCAUGACUCUGUUGUAUCUUUCUAUUCUUCUCUUCUUCAGCAUACGCAUGAUUAAUUUGUCUCUUUCUUUUUAUCUUGGGCUUCCGGUCCGUCCGAACGUCUGAACGACUCGAACUUGAGGCGCCGCUCGAUAUACUGAUAGCCACCUCUUGUUGCUCCAUUCAUUGAUUUUACCCUUUCAUCUGUACGGCCCUGUUUAAUCUCAUUUCCUAGACUGGCUCAACAAUCUGUCUCCUGUCUUGACACGGCCUAUGGUUAUGUU